AUGCUUGGAAUCUCCAAUGGGAUGAGGCUCAAGCCUCUACUCAUAACUUUGCUUGAACUGCCUAGCCAAAAAGAUUGCAAGCUCGAAUCCAGCGCCACAUCGGACACACCUAUUCAGUUUCAUAAUGGCUCUGAAACCGUCACCAUGUCUGCUACUUCUACUAAGACCAAACCAUCAAACGUCACCUUGAUCAGCCCAUCUGCCGAAAAAGAUCGCGAGUUCACAACCAGCACGACCACGCAAUGUAUCACUGCCAUUAAAAGCGUCAUCAUGUCAGAGGCUUCGACCGCGACCCGAUCGAAAUCUCCAUCCAUCGAUUUGUUUUGCACGCCUGCCCAAGAAGAUCUCGAAGUCAAAACCAGUGCUGCCUCGGAUAUUCCCACUCAGUAUGGCACUUCCAACAAGAAUAGACCAAAGUUUUUACCCGUCCCCUUGUUCGAUCCGUCUACCCAAGAGAACUGCGAAUCCAAAGACAGCCAAACCGUCAUCCUGUGUGAUAGUCCCUUUGAGAAUGACCCCAACAUAACUAAUACCUCCAGCGCAAUUCAUAGUGAUUCCUCUGAUGUUUCUUCUUCGGGGGGCUCAGAGAGCUCUUCCAGUGGAAAAUCUGAAACGUCCUCCAUCGACAGCUUUGAUGCAAGACCAGAAUCUCCACCCAUGGCCUUGUUCGAUCCAUCUGCUCAAGAGGGUCGCAAAUGCAAAUCCGGCAGUACAUCGGGCACAUCCACUCAAUAUGACAGUGACAGUGACGUUCAAACCGUCAUCCUGUGGGACAGUCCUUCUGAGGAUGAGAAUGACACUAGCACGCUUCAAACCUCCGGUUUUAGCCAUGAAACCACUAUCACUGCAUCCAAUACGUUCUCUGAUGAUUCCUCCGAUGACUCCUCUUCGGGGGGCUCAAAUAGCUCUUCCAGUGGAAAAUCCGAAACGUCCUCCAUCGACAGCUUUGAUACAAGACCAGAAUCUCCACCCAUGGCCUUGUUCGACCCAUCUACUCAAGAGGAUUGCGAAUUCAAAAUCAGCAUUACACCGGAUAUGUUGACCCAAUAUGACAGUAAUAGUGACAUUCAAACUGUUAUCCUUUCUGAUAGCCCCUCUGAGCAUGACCCCAACGAGCUUCAUACUUCUAAGACUAGCCAGGAAGAGCCUAAUAUCGCAUCCAAUACGUCCUCUGAUAGUUCCUCUGAUGAUUUCUCUGACGAUUCCUCUGUUGGCUCCUCUUCUGAGGCCUCGGAUACCUCUUCCAGUGCCAAAUCCGAAUCGUCCUCUAUCGACAGCUUUGAUACGUCGUCUCAGCAUGAUUCUGAAUCAGAGGAUGAAGAACCCCCAAAAGGUUCCCAAAGCCUGGCAGCAUAUGCCUCUCCUCUUUGGAAUGGCCAACGUAUUCGGACUAGCUGUGAUAGUAUCCACGACCCAGGCGGGUGGCAUGUCGAUCCAGAUGGAUUCAUCAAUGAGAAAGAUCGUGCUGGAGGGCCAUUUCUCUGUUCCCUACCAGAGACGAUCCUAGAUCUGAAAGGCAAUUCCCCUUUGAUGACAGUUCUCGAAACCAUUAGCCUUUACAAGAUGAUCGUUUCAGUUCUUGAGGAGUACAAAGUUAAUGCAUCCUCAAUCAAGAUCAAAAGAUGUCAGUACGAACUUUAUCCUAUAAUUCAACCCCUGGCAACUUUGAUCAUUACCGCAACUCGUGAGACAUUUAGCGACGAUUGGGUGCAGGCUUGUCGUGAAAUCUGGAGGCGUCUAUCCGAAAACGGGCUUGGCCACAUCAAUGUCGAAAUCUCGGACCCAGCUCUUCACAAGCCAUUUUACUUCUGGGCUGUGGACUCAAAGCACCCUUAUUAUUCGAAGCACAUGGAGGUGAUGGAAAAAGUUCGAACUGAGCUCAAGCUUAACGUUUCAGAUUUUGUUGAACUUGCAGCGUUCCGCGUAGGAACAACCUCGAAUGUGAAGGACAGCGAGGUGUUUAUGCACUUGACUGUGGAUUUCAAGAGCGAUCGAGACUGGCGCGGUCCCCGAGACCUUAUCGUUUCGAUUUUGGACGAGUUCAAACUUCCAAUGGUGGGAGUCAUGAUCCAAAAGGGCAAGAAAUGGGGAUCACGCUGGGGGUGUGAAUCGGCGAAGUGA